AUGUUCACCGGACUCGUAGAAACCGUCGGAACCGUCUCCGAACUCCUCCCCCUCGACACAACCUCCUCCGGCGGCAAUGGCUGCUCCAUGACAAUCUCAGAAUGUGCUUCAAUUCUCACAGACGCCCUCAUCGGCGAUAGUAUCUGCGUAAAUGGCACCUGCCUCACAAUCACCGCCUUAUCCGAGGCACGCGACUCCUUCAAACUCGGUAUCGCACCCGAAACCCUCCGACGUACCAAUCUCGGUCAAUUAGCCGUCGGAUCACACGUAAACCUCGAACGUGCCAUGUCUACAUCCUCCAAACUUGCGGAAAAUCUAAAAUCUGAGGUUUUGGCGGGAGGUAGUAGUAGUGGUGGUAGUGGCGGGGUCAAGCCGCUUCCGCCGAAUUCCCGCUUCGGUGGGCAUUUGGUACAAGGGCAUGUUGAUUGCACUGCUACUAUUAUUAAAAAGGUUCCGGAUGGGAAUUCCCUUAGCUUUACGUUUAAAUUCCCAGCUGAGUUUAUGCAUAAUGUGUGGUACAUCGUCGAGAAGGGCUUUAUUACCAUUGAUGGUACCAGUUUGACCAUCACUCAUGUUGAUCAUGUCAAAGGCGAAUUCGGUGUCAUGUUAAUCGCGUAUACUCAAGAGAAGAUUGUUACCGCGAAGAAAGAGGUUGGAGAGUUGGUAAAUAUUGAAGUUGAUCAGGUUGGGAAGUAUGUUGAGAAAAGCGUCGAGGCAUACUUCACAGGAGAUGGAACUAGGAAUGUCGAAUGGCUCACAAAAUUUAUUGAGACGGUUGUAGAGCGGAAGUUCAAACAACUUCAGGGCUAA